AUGACCGCCAAGGCGCGGAAUCCACUCGUGUGCCAUGGCCACUCUCGACCGAUCGUGGAACUGUUCUUCAGCCCCGAGACCCCCGACGGCGUGUUCUUGAUCUCAGCGAGCAAGGACGGGAAGCCGAUGCUGCGCAACGGCACGACGGGGGACUGGAUCGGCACCUUUGAGGGGCACCAGGGUGCGGUGUGGGACGUGUCGCUGAACCAGACCGCGCUGCUCGCGGCCACGGGCUCGGCCGACUUCACGGCCAAGGUCUGGGACGCGUGCACGGGCGACGAGCUGCACUCGUUCGACCACAAGCACAUCGUGCGCUCGGUGUCGUUUGCGCGGGACUCGCGGCGCGUGGCCACGGGCGGCAUGGAGAAGAAGAUCCGCGUGUUCGACGUGAACAGCCCGGGCUCGGACCCACUAGAGAUCCCGGCGCUGCCCGGGUCGAUCCGGUCGCUCGCGUGGUGUCAGGACGACAACCUGCUGCUGGCGACGCUGAGCGACACGCCCGGGAUCCGCGCGUACGACGUGCGGACGCAGCAGCUCGCGUGCACGCUCGAGACGGAGAAGCCCGUGACGUCGCUGGACGUGUGCGACGGCGGGCGCACGCUGUGCACGGCGGAGGCGGGGCACGUGCGGCUGUGGGACCUGGCGACGCUCCGGGCGACGGACGUGCUCGACGUCGAGGGCUUCGGGUGCGAGGCGGCGAGCUACCACGCGGGCGCGGGGCGGAUAGUGGCGGGCGGGCAGGACAUGUGGGUGCACAUUUUCGACUGCAAGUCGAAGCAGGAGGUGGACGUGUGCAAGGGGCACCACGGGCCGGUGCGGACGGUGCGGUUCGACCCGACGGGCGCGUCGUUCGCGUCCGGCAGCGAAGACGGGACCAUCCGGAUCUGGGAGGUGUGA